AUGAAUGUAACUAAAGAGAUUCAGCGAAUAAACUCUCGAGAAAUAGAACGAAACAUUUCAGUUUCUGGUUCUUGGCACGCACAAUAUAGAGAUUCUCCUUAUAUUUUUGUCGGAAAUAUACCGUUUGAUUUGACAGAAGGAGACAUAAUUACUAUAUUUUCUCAAUAUGGUGAAAUACUUGAUAUUCAAUUAGUUCGAAACAGAGAAACUGGUGAAUCUAAAGGCUUUGGUUUUUUAAGAUAUGAAGAUCAAAGGAGUACAAUUUUAGCAGUUGAUAAUUUAAAUAAUUAUACGCUUUUAGGUCGUACCCUACGAGUUGAUCAUGCAAGUGCUGAAACGAAAGAUGGAGAAAAAAGAACAGGAAUGAAUGCCGCUCCUCCUUUAAUGCAAAAAGUAUUAUUGUUGCUAUUGUUAUUUUUCCCAGAUGGUGGAUCUGAAUCGGAUACCGAAGACUCUGAAGAUUUAGAGCGUAAAGUUGAUCCGGAUGAUCCUAUGAGAGAGGAAAGAUCACGAUCAUUGACUAGAUUUAGUAGAGAUGACGUUCGUGGACGGCGUGAAUAUGACCGUAAUAGACGACAUGUUGAAAAAGUAACUCGAUAUAAAUCGCGUUCGCGUUCACAUUCUAGAUCCAGAAAUCAUGGUCGUGGUUCGGUACGGAGCUAUCGAUAA